CGCCAAAAAGAGACAGAAUCGAGCUGACAGAGCUCUUGUUAGGAGUUUUCAAGAACAAUUUACUAAUGCUGAAAUGGAAAGAAAAGAGAUAACUAAAGGCAGUAUUUGUCAGGAAUUAUGGGACUACAUUGAAAAAAGCAACCUGGCAAACUUUCCAAGGCCUGUUUACCAUAGGAUACCCAACUUUAAGGGUGCAGAACUGGCUGCUGAUAGACUGUAUAGUCUACCAGAGUUUACCAAUGCCUCAAUAGUGAAGAUAGACCCUGACAAACCACUUGCUCCUUGCAGAUUCAUUGCCCUGGAGCAAAAGAAAACAUUACUUGUUCCCACACCAAGACUGAAGAGUGGGUUAUUUAAUGAAAUCAUACCCCCUGCUGGUGCCAACCGGCAAGACCUGAAGUUGUGCAGUUCAGCAAAGAGUGUCAAGGAGUUCAGUAAGCCAGUUGGACUAGAUGCUGAUGUAAAAGUAGAUGUUUUAGUAAUUGGAGCUGUUGCAGUCUCAGAAAAAGGCUACAGAAUUGGAAAAGGUGAAGGAUUUACAGAGCUAGAAUGGCCCAUGAUGUGUUCAAUGGGAGCUGUCAACAAAGACACUGCUGUCAUAGUAACUGUACAUGAUUGCCAGGUAACUGAAACACCAGAGGAGGUAAUUCAAGACCAUGAUCUCCCUGUGGACAUUAUUAUAACACCAACUAGAUUAAUUCGCUGCCAUCACAAGUUCACAAAGCCUGAUGGUAUCAUUUGGUCAAUGCUAUCACAGGAGAAGUUAAUGCAGGUGCCAAUAUUGAGAACAUUGAGGGGAAUAGAACGUAAAGCAGGAAAAUAUGUUCUGCUAAAGGAAGACAUACACUGAGAUGAAAUACAAUGACAGGUCAUGAAAAUGAGAGAUGACAAUAUCCUGAUAUGUUAUAAUCUUUAUUUUUAUUUAUUGUACUAUUGUAUUACGCUGUUUUAAACUCAUUAUAGCCCCUGCUUAUCUGUGAUAAUGCUUAUUUUGCAUACAGAAUUAUCCUGAGGGAAGUGUACAUGUAUCAACUCGAGGAAUGAACUGUAGAUGUAAUAUAAUGUCAACAUAUUUUGAUAGACUACAUGUAAAUAAAUGAUGCCCAGGAAAUGAUACCAUUAGAUUUAUAUUUUAGCUACGCCAUGAGACAUAAUAUUCAUUUACUGACUUCCUAUUACGAUUUACGUUUGAGCAAGUCCCUCUCUUUUCAAUUGUUACAAAGCCCUUGCUGCUCUCU